UUCAGCACAGAAAGUUUUAGUUGUAAUUUAUUUGUUGACUUCCCCACCGUCGCAUUUAUUUUUUGCGCGUGGUGCGUAAUUACCGUUUGACCAACGACGCACACGACACUAAAUUAAUGUUAAUAUCACACUGUUUGGCUCCUCCAUUCAUCGAUUGUCGGUCAGCGAGUGAGUGCGUGUCAGUCGGUUGCAUUAUUGAUAUUUUAUGAUCAUCUGACGAGGUUAUUAAUAAUGCAAAAUUAUAAAUAUGUGCGCGCGCACGUUGAAAUGGUUAUUUAAACUAUCUGAUGUUUGUCCUCUGUGUGUGUGUGUGUGUGUUGAGUGCGCGUAAUGGUGAUGUACUUGUGCCAUUAAGAGGGUAAAUUAUUUGACAUUGCAUUUUAUUGAUGAUUCGUCGAAGUAGCGAUAUUUAGCCGCGAUAGCCGGUUUUAGCCGCGUGCGAUAAUGUGCGACGCGCAGUCGUCGUCGUCGUCGCCAGCGAUGAUUAGUGAUAAAUCAACGUAAUUAAUCAUACCGCAAGCACACAUCCGUGCAACUCCCGUGCGACAUGACGGCUGGCAUUGGUGGCGCGGACUGUUGGUGCAUUUACAAUCGUAUUGGUCGUGUGGAAUUUUGCGUACCUUGAAUUGUUGAGUUUUUGAUAUUAAAAGUGUUGAUUGACAAGUAUAAAAGUAUAAAAUUGAGUGAAUUAGUGUAUACAAAAGUUUAUAAUCAGAGGAUUAUUUUGGAUUAUCAUCAUGUGGUAUCCGUGCAAAGUUUUCUUAACGUCCAUCGACGAAAAGAAACGAAAACAUGGUGAGUGUCAAUGCAAUCCACAAUACCUACAUAAACCAAAACGGGUUUUGGACAUGACUGCCACGGAGAACACAAUCCGUUUCAGCGUCCACACCCUGGACAAAGCUACCAAAGCAAAAGUCACAUUAGAGAAUUACUAUAGUAAUCUAAUAACGCAGCACGUCGAGCGGAAACAAAGGUUAGCGAAAUUAGAAGAAACACUAAAAGAUGAAAGCCUGUCGGAGGAGCAGCGCCAUGAAAAGCGGGCGCAGCACGCGCAAAAGGAGACGGAGUUCCUGCGGCUGAAGCGAUCGCGGCUUGGAGUUGAAGACUUUGAGCCGCUGAAAGUGAUUGGCCGGGGCGCUUUCGGCGAGGUGCGACUGGUGCAGAAGAAGGACACUGGUCAUGUGUAUGCGAUGAAAAUCCUGCGCAAGGCAGACAUGCUGGAGAAGGAGCAGGUGGCGCACGUGCGCGCCGAACGUGAUAUCCUCGUCGAGGCCGACCACCAAUGGGUGGUGAAAAUGUAUUAUAGUUUCCAGGAUCCGAUCAAUCUCUAUCUGAUCAUGGAGUUUCUGCCUGGCGGCGACAUGAUGACGCUGCUGAUGAAGAAGGACACGCUCUCCGAGGAGUGCACGCAGUUUUAUAUCGCUGAGACGGCGCUCGCCAUCGACUCGAUACACAAGCUCGGUUUUAUUCAUCGCGAUAUCAAACCGGACAAUCUGCUGCUGGAUGCGAAGGGGCACCUUAAACUAAGCGACUUUGGGUUGUGUACCGGGUUGAAGAAGUCGCAUCGAACGGACUUUUACAGGGAUCUUAGUCAGGCGAAGCCAUCGGAUUUUAUAAUAACAUCAAGUCCAAUGGAUAGUAAACGACGUGCAGAGAGCUGGAAAAAGAACCGAAGAGCACUGGCGUAUAGUACAGUUGGUACUCCAGACUAUAUUGCGCCGGAGGUGUUUCUACAGACGGGAUAUGGUGCCGCUUGCGACUGGUGGUCGCUGGGGGUCAUCAUGUAUGAGAUGCUCAUCGGCUAUCCGCCCUUUUGCUCUGAGAAUCCACAAGAUACUUAUAGGAAAGUGAUGAAUUGGCGCGAGACACUUAUAUUUCCGGCUGAAGUUCCCAUUUCCGAAGAGGCCAAAGACACCAUUGUCAGGUUUUGCUGUGAGGCUGAACGACGAUUAGGUAACCAGAAGGGCAUCGAAGAGCUGAAGCUGAUACCGUUCUUUAAGGGCGUUGAUUGGGAGCACAUCCGUGAGCGGCCUGCCGCCAUCGCGGUUGAGGUGCGCUCGAUCGACGACACUUCCAACUUUGACGACUUCCCUGACGUUAAACUAGAGAUCCCUGCUGCUCCAUUACCUCAAGACGGUGAAGUGACAUACAAAGACUGGGUAUUUAUAAAUUACACGUUCAAGCGGUUCGAGGGUCUGACGCAACGGGGGACGCCCACGAAGAAAUAGUCGGCGCUGCACCCUAGGACUAGGUGGUAGGAUGAACCGAGCAAGCACUCCUCUUAUUUUUAGAAAUGCAAGAACAACAACUACAAAACAUGCAGCGUUGCGCUAUCCUUUUUGCGGUGAUAAAACCUUCUUCAAGAUACCUUAAACAAACAAAAAACACAAAAAAAUAAUAAUUAACUUUGUGCGCCGCGGCGUUCUGAAGAGAGUUUAGGAGUAACCACGUCAACAAAUGUUUAAUAUUGUUGCAUAUUUUCUAAAAGUAAGUCCCGAGCGACGAUGGUCGCACUGUUUGUGUGGCUGGUGGUGUUUUCUUCGAUUUUUCGGUGCUGUGAGUAGGAGGGAAAAAAACGUGUCGCCGCAAUUUUUGCAUUUAAUUUGAUGUCGUCACGCCGAGCUAAACCUAACGAUUAAAACCGAAGAUAAUGGUAACACUUAAACGAGAGUAAUGCGUAAUAUUAAUUGUUAAUGACAUAAUAUUCAAUAUAUUAUAGUCGUGUUGAAAUAGCUAUUUUUGCACUAGAUGUUCGAAUAGUGGAGUAAGUAAGACUAAAUAAGGAAAAACGUUUUGAAACGCUCAUCUAAGUAAGGAAUUUUGAAGAAAAUAAAUUUACGAUAGUAUUGUUUGCUUAUUUAUCAACUCUACGCUCUUUUAAACUUGAUCUACACUCUUCACUUGUAAGGCUUUGGAAUUGCUUCAAACGCUAAUUAUUUAAGAUGGAAAUGAUAACGAACUAAACGUUUCUUGCUGUGAUAUUUUAUCUUUCUCUUAUUUUUUAUUAAGGUUACGGAUGAUAAACCGCGAACAUUUAACCAAAACUAAGCUAAACAAAUGAGAAAACAUUUUUUACGACGUGUCGCAUCAUUUUAAAUGCAAAAAUUCAAACAUGCAUACGAUACGCUAUCAAUGUGAAUAUGUUAAAAUUGUUUUAUUGUUAUCAAAGUGAUUUGUUUGUUUUUUUUCUUCAUUUUUUAAUUUUAAUUAUUUAGACUAAUUCUUAGCGAUUUUCGGCGAGAAUUUAGUACAAUUUGUUUAACUUGCACCGAAACACCCAAAAAUAAUAUGUAUUUCGAUUCUAGAGUCUAUUUAAUUGCGUCAGUUUUCCGAUGAAAAUACACACGACAAGGAAACACUUAAUGUUGUAAUAUUAGAAUUGUAAAUAAAAAGAAAGCAAAUAACGCAAUGUCCUUACGGUAAAUAUUAACAAAAGAAAGAAAUCUCCAUGUAAACAAGAAUAUUUUUGUAGCACUGGGAACGAAUGGAAAUUACUAAUGACUUGCGACAAAUUGCUAGCGAGGAGAGCUAUAAUUUCUCUUGAACUAAAAAAAAUCUCUUAACAAAGAAAACAAACAAAACAAAAUCUACGCAUAUUUAUAUUUAUAACAAAUUAUUAUGUAAAGAAAAAAAUUGAAUUAAGUUUCGUCCAAUUAUUAUUUUUAGUAGACAAAUGAAAUGAGACACACGAUAGGAAGAGAGAGAGUACCAAGUACUUGAAUAAUUUUACGUUUUUAUUUUACGUUAACGUUACGUUGCGGAUUUAUUAUUAUCAUUAUUAUUAUUAUUUGUUUAUGUAUAGAUACGAUUACGAAUUGUGGUAAUGCAAUCGAUGCAAAUGCUGUACAUUAGAUUAUCCAUGAUCCAUGAUUAAUUGUAUAUGUUGUGUGUUGCGCAGAUAAACGAAAAAAGAAAACGAAACGAGGCAAACAAACAAAACACAUAAAAGACGAAUGAAUGCUGAGCGUUUUUGAUUUGUUGUUAUACAGCAUAUCGGGGCACCGAGUGUCGCUCGUGUGCGAGGUUUGUAGGAUAAGUCGAGAAAUGUACAUUUCGGGGUGGACGUAGGAAGCGAAGACAAACAGGACACGUUAUAGGCUCUUCUUCUUUAGCUCUCUAAACUAAAACAAAACAGUUGGAAAAGAUAGCCGAGAAAAACUUAAAUCAUCCACACUCUUCACGCACUUUCAAAGCAAAGAUAAAUUAUUUUACUUCAAAACAAGGAAAACUCUGUUAUUUAUUUAUCUGUAUAAUUUUUACUAGUUGGCUCGCUGACCGGACUUUGUAAAUAACAUUUUUCUUCAAAAUGUGUAUAACAUAAAGAAAGUCUAUUAAAGUAUGUGCUUUAACUUUGA